AUGGCUAUGGCUUCCGUCAACGAGGAAUUUACCUACGACGUAUUCCUUAGUUUCAGAGGCGACGAUACUCGUUAUGGUUUCACCGGCCAUCUCCGCAAAGCUCUUGAUGACAAAGGUGUUCGAACCUUCAUGGAUGACGAAAAGCUUCAAAAAGGGGAUGAAAUCACACCAUCACUUCUCAAAGCAAUUGAACACUCCAAAAUCGCCAUCGUUGUCCUCUCUAAGAACUACGCUUCUUCAUCCUUUUGCUUACAAGAACUCUCUAAGAUCCUUGAUUCAGUGAACGGUAAGGAUCGUUCUAUUUUGCCGGUUUUUUAUAAGGUGGAUCCCUCUGAUGUACGAAAGUUGAAAAGAACUUAUGGAGAAGCCAUGGAUAAACAUGACGAAGCCAGCUCAUCCAGUCAUAACACGAAUGACAAAUGGAAGACGUCUCUGCAUCAAGUUGCUAAUUUGUCUGGAUUUCAUUACAAGAAAGGGGAUGGGUAUGAGCAUGAGUUUAUUGGAAAGAUUGUUGAACAAGUCUUACAAAAGAUAAAACCGGUUACUUUACCUGUUGAUGAUUACCUAGUUGGACUGGAGCCUCAAAUACAACAUCUAAUGUCACUUUUGAAUGUUGGGCAUGAUAAGAAAGUCCGCAUGGUAGGGAUUCAUGGAAUUGGUGGAAUAGGAAAAACAACUCUUGCUCUAGCAGUUUUUAAUUCGAUUGCCCAUCAAUUUGAAGGGUCGUGCUUUCUUGAAAAUGUUAGAGAAAAUUCUGAGAAACAUGGGUUGCCAUAUCUCCAAAUGAUUUUUCUUUCUAAAGUAGUUGGAGAGAAAAUUGAGUUAACCGGUGUUAAUGAGCCAGAGCAAUUACAGGCUAUUGCUGGAAGACACGAGUGGUUUGGUCCUACAACUAGAAUCAUCAUCACCACUCGGGACAAAAGAUUGCUGACAGAUCAUGGAGUUGAAAGCACAUAUGAGGUGAAGGAGUUGAGCUACUGGGACUCUUAUAGAUUAUUACUUAAACGAAAAAGAAAAAUUUCCGAGUCAGACAAAAAACGUUCAGAUUAUUUGCGUGUUUUAAGACGUGCCUUAAGAUAUGCUUCUGGGAUUCCAUUGGUUUUGGAAGUAAUAUCUUCUCAGUUAUUUAAUAAAACAAUAGAACAAUGUAAUUUUGUUUUAGAUAGUUAUGAUAGGAGGAUUCCUAACAAAAAGAUUCAAAUCAUACUACAAAUGAGCUUUGAUGCUUUGAAUGAAGAAGAAAAGAGUGUUUUUCUUGAUAUUGCCUGUUGCUUCAAAGGAUGUAAAUUGGCAAAGGGAACCAGUUCAAUUGAAAUCAUUUAUUUGGAUAGUUUAAAUAAAGUAAAAUGGGAUGGAGAAGCUUUCAAGAAGAUGAAAAAUCUCAAAACACUAAUUAUUAGGCAUGCUACUUUUUCUAAAAGUCCCAACUAUCUUCCAAAUAGUCUAAGAGUACUGGAAUGGUGUGAGUAUCCUUCAUCAAAUUUACCAUCUGGUUUUUAUUCGGAGAAACUUGUUAUAUGCAAUUUUGGCUCUAACUUUACAACAAAUCCAUUUGAGUGUGAGGACUUUCUCCAGAAGAAGUUCCAGAACAUGAAAGUUUUAAAUUUUGACCAUUUUAAACUUUUAACAAAAACACCUGACCUAUCUAGUCUCCCAAAUUUAGAAGAACUUUCAUUUCAAAAUUGUGGGAAUCUAAUUGCAAUUGGUAAAUCGAUUGGGUUUCUGUACAAACUCAAAAUCUUGAGAAUUAUGCAUUGCAAUGUAAUCCAUAGUGUUCCACCUCUCAAUUGGGCUUCACUAGUAGAACUCGAUAUUUCACAUUGUGAUAGUCUAGAAAGUUUUCCUCGCGUUGUGGAUGGAUUUGUUGGUGAGCUUCAAAUCUUGAGGGUUAUAAGUUGCCGCAAAAUUAGAACUAUUCCACCUCUUAUGCUAGCUUCUCUUGAAGAACUAGAUCUUUCAAAUUGUACCAGCCUUGAGAGUUUUCCACUUGUGGAAGACGGGUUGCUCGUUAAUCUUAAGACCUUGAGAGCUAUUAAUUGCAUCCAGCUUAGGAGUAUUCCAACUCUCAAGUUGGCCUCUCUGGAAGAAAUUGAUCUGUCACAAUGUUCUUGUCUUGAGAGCUUUCCACCUGUGGUAGAUGGGUUAGUGGAUAAGCUUAAAACUAUGAGUGUUAGAAGAUGUGUCAAGCUAAGGAGUAUUCCGCCUCUGAAGUUGGAUUCGCUAGAAAAACUGGAUCUUUCACAUUGUUAUAGUCUUGAGAGUUUUCCACUUGUGAUGGACGGGUUUCUUGGCAAACUUCAAACCCUGCUUGUUAAAAGUUGUGACAGUCUCAGGAGUAUUCCUCCUCUCAAGUUAAAUUCCUUAAAAGAACUCGACCUUUCUCAUUGUUAUAAUCUCGAGAGCUUUCCAAUUGUAGUGGAUGGAUUGUUGGAUAAACUUGAAAUCUUGAGUAUUGAAUAUUGCAUCAUGCUUAGGAGUAUCCCACCGUUGAGGUUGACUUCAUUGGUAAAAUUCAAUCUUUCAUAUUGUCUAAGUUUAGAGUGUUUUCCAGAAAUAUUAGGAGAGAUGAGAAAUAUACCACAACUUUACUUGGGUAGCACUCCCAUAAAAAAAUUGCCAUUUCCAUUUCGAAAUUUUACUCCGCCCCCAACAUCAUAUCCAUGUAACUGUGGAAUUGUUAAUUUACCAAAUAGAGUUGCUGCAAUGUCAAUGUUGGCUAAACUUACCAUCAAGGCUGAAAAAAAAGUGAGCCCGGUGCAAUCUUCACAAGUAGAAUAUAUUUGUCUCACGAAAUGCAAACUUUCAGAUGAAUAUUUGUCAAUAGGUCUCAUGUUGUUUGCUAAUGUGAAAGAAUUACAUUUAACUGACUGCCAAGUCACAGCACUUCCUAAAUCUAUUGAAAAAUGUCACUUUUUAUGGAGGCUUGUCUUGGAUGAUUGUGAGGAACUUCAGGAAAUUAAAGGGAUUCCACCAGGCUUAAAAGAAUUAUCUGCAUUAAACUGCAAAUCGUUGACUUCGUCAUGUAAAAGCAAACUAUUAAGUCAGGAAUGGCAUGAGUAUGGAAACACUCGGUUCUGUUUGCCACGAGCAAAGAUUCCAGAAUGGUUCGACUACCAAUGCUUGGCAGGAUUGUCAACUUCUUUCUGGUUUCGCAAUAAGUUUCCUGCCAUAGUUCUCUGUGUUGUUUCUCCAUUGACAUGGGUAGAUGAUAUUCGACAUCGUGUAAGAGUGACCAUCAAUGGAAAUACAUUUCUAUAUACACAUGGUUUGAAGAUACGUACGUCACCGGCCAAAAUGUAUACUUUAAAUCUUUUUCACAUGCAAAUGAAAAACUUCAAUGAUAAUAUGGACAGAGCACUUUUAGAAAAUAAGUGGAACCAUGCAGAGGUUAACUUUGGAUUCCCAUUCAUGAAUAGCGGAAUCCAUGUAUUGAAAGAGAAAAGUAGCAUGAAGGAUAUUCGAUUCACCAACCCAGAGAAUGAUGCUAAUAUUGAGUUCCCUCAGAAUGUUGAAGUAUACAAUUGA